GGUUUAAAUGUGACAAUAGCAAUGUCAUCAUUGACAUUGACGUCAUCGUUCUAUAAGUAAAUUAGGAGAAAACAAAAUAUUCUUGAAAACUAAGUGAAAACUACUUUUCUACAUUUAAAAUCAGACACAAUCAACAAAUAAAAAAAUGUCAAACAACAAAGAUCGCGAUGAACCUGCUUUUUUAGCUCACCAAUGUUUCUUAAAAAAGGACUACACAGCGGCAUUACAACAUCUUAGCGACUUGGAAAACCUUGUGGGAACUUCGAAUAAAAGGGUUCAACACAACAAAGCCGUUGUAGAGUUUAUGGCUGGAGAGAUGAAGAAUGUGGAAAAAUUCAAAAAUGCCAUUACACAGUUAUCAGGGUUAAAUUAUUUGGACGUCGAAGUCAAGGAUAUGACUUCACCCUGUUUGUUGUAUAAUUACGCGGUUAUUCUGUUCCAUUCACGUUAUUAUUAUCAAUGUGUUGUCAUAUUAGAGAAAUUAUUAAGUUCUAAGAGCAUAAAAGAUGCGAGAUUACUACAGCAAAUUAUCUUACUUAUGUUAGAAGCAACAAUAUGUCGACGUACUUAUGAUAAGACUAUAGAAAUCGCCAAGAACCACGGCGAGCCAUUAAAAAUUAAUAAUGAAGUUAGUGAGUUAUUUGAAAGGAUUAUAUCACGUGCUCAAUUAUUAGUUGGCCAAAAAGUAAAAUUAAACCUUAAGCCUGAUUCCAUAGAGAACAUAUUUGUUAUAGCACAGCAACAUUACAUCAAUGGUAAUGUAAAGGAAGCAGCUAAUAUAUUGGGAUAUUACAAAACCUUAAAGUACAAUUAUGAUAUGAAAACUCAAGCAUGCCAUAAAAGAACAUUUGAAAGCUAUGGAGUGUGAGGACAGUGAAAAAUUAAUAUCUUGUAAAGAUAGAUCACUUUAUGUGUACAAUUUGGGGUUAGCACUUUUAGGUACAAAUAAUUCAGAAGGUGCUUUUGAGUGCCUAGUUGAAGCUGCUAGACAUUUUCCUAAUAACCCACGAAUUUGGCUUCAUUUAGCUGAAUGCUGUGUAAAGAAAUGUUGCAGUGAAGAAGCUCAGCAAUACACAGUAAAGAAAUUGGGCAGUGGUCCCCACACACGAGUCUUACUCUCAAAAGAAAUAAAAGCAAGAUAUUCCACAUCUGGGGAAUCUUUUGCAAUACCAUCAUUAUCACUGGAAUUUGCUGCACUAUGUCUACGGAAUGCUAUGACUCUACUUCCCAACCAAGAACCUCCAGCGGAUGUAACUGCAUCACUUAUACAAGUACCACCAGGUAUCCCAAUAACCUGGAAACAACGUAGCGAACUCAAGAACUCUGCCCUCGUUUUACAAAGUUAUGUAUUACUGCACUUGCAAGAUCCAUUAGCGGCUCUUGUCAGUGCCAAUGAGUUACUAGCUCAACCAGACGCAUCUAGUAGUCAUAAAGCAUGGGCUCACAUAUAUGCAGCUGAAGCUCUCAUAAAUCUUGAUCGAAUAGCUGAUGCUGUGGAGCAUCUACAUCCACCAACAAUUCAUGACUUAGUUUCAGUACUGCCGUAUCAAAUGAGGGAUAUGAUUGCUGUAUCUGUGUGGGCUAAAGCUGCAGUGUGUCAUAUUUUAAGAGGGGAUCUAGUAACAGCAAAAAAGAUACUUUUACAAAUAAAUUCACCAAAAGUUCUACCUCUACAGAUGUAUUUAGAGAUUUGCACAGGUAAUAUAGACAAUUGUCACACAAUAUUGAGAAAGAUUAGAUACACAAAUCCCUCCAUUCAAUAAAAUUAAUUAUUGGCUUUUGUCUUUUGAAAGCGGUGUAGCAAAUUUUCUAUUUAUUUAAAAUAUUUCCUAUUAUAGAAAUGUUAACUUUUGUAACUAAAUAUUGAAAGAUAUUUUAAUUAAAAAACUUCAGUUAAA